AUGAUCCUUGUGCUAUUGUUGCUGGAGUGGCUCUGCUCAUUUCACCUGUGCUUUGCAUCUGGACGUUUUGAAGUCAGGAGGAUACCCAUCUCUGGCACUGCUGGCUGGCAGGACCUGGUCUUUUCGCCAGCUUUCGAUGUCACGCCCAUUGUGGUCGCUAUGACGCGCGGGGGUAGCAGUGGCCCAGCUCAAGUUCGCAUCCGGUCCGUGACGAAACAGACGUUUCAAGCCCUUGUGGCAGAGCCACCACUAGAGGACGGCAGCCACGCCGACAUGGAGGUUGACAUCCUUGCAGUCUCGGCAGGCACUUAUCACCUGCCGGACGGACGGACCUUUGAAGCCGGCUACAUCGAGACAAUACAGCGCCAGGCGGCUGCUUGUAGGCCCCUGGACUUUCCCAAGCUCGGCUGGGAGGAGCUGCAGUUCGGGCACAGCUUCGAAGGCGCACCGGUUCUCCUGACACAGCUCCAAACGUCGAACAACGAAGCCUCCAGCCAACCGUCCGUACCGUGGUUGAGUGUCGCCGUGUCGAACGUCACACCGUCUUCAGCACAGCUGGCCUUGGACUCUUCCAAGGCAGCUGAAGGAGGAGAGGAUCUGCAGGUACCAGAGAGGAUCGGCUACGUGGCCUUCGACACGCAUCCCACCACCACGCAGAUCAAGGCGUUGCCCAAAAGCGCCCGAUUCGGCAUGACAUCCUGUGCCGCAGAUUACGUCGUGAUCCGCAGCUGGCGAGGCGUUAACAUACAGGUUGACAACAAUGACAACAAUGAGGCCAAGUUAACCGUCAGUGACGGCCUGUGGGAGAGCUGGAAGCUGGCCACAUCGAAUGGCAAGCUCACCAUUCUAAACUAUCAUGGGCGUUUCUUAACAGACGAUGGUGGCAGCCUCAGCACGGUAGAUAGUAAUACGCUUUCUGCAGCUGAAGAGUGGGAGAUCGUAGCCGCAGAUGGAGACCGAUACUUUCUAGUUGGUGACUCUGGGAGAAGGCUGAUGGAUGACAGCGGUACGCUGAGAUUGUCGGAUGGUUCGUUGGAGAGCCAGAAGUGGACGUUCUACAACUAUCGCAACAAAAGGCUAUGCUCGGCUGUGGGCCCUGCAUCUAUAUGGCCGCCUUGUCCAGCCACUCAGUCGGUGUUUAUCCGCAGCUGGUACGGGAAUUUUCAACUGGAGGACAAAGGAGGAGAGUCCCCGCAGAUGUCUUCCGGCGAUCACCGAGGUACUCAGCAAAUGUGGAUCCUGAACGAGACCAACGGCUUGGUCACCUUCACCAGUUUCACGACGGGGAAGAAGCUUUCAAACGAUGGAGGCAGCCUGAAGUUGGCCGAGGCGGAUGGCCCGUCAGAGCAAUGGCAGGUCGUCACGGUAGAUAAUGGCUGGGAAGACAAGAGGAGUAUAUUGGUCAGCAGUACGGGACAGAACCUCACGGUGGACGCACAUGGCACACUCGGCCUGGCAGACAAUUCCGGCAGCAGCGAGCUCUGGAAGUUCUUCUACAGACAUGUUGCACGUGACUGCCACGGCGUGGUGCCGGAGACCCUUGAGGCGGUUUGCACGGAUCCGGAGCUUCUGAUCCGGAGUUGGCGCUUUGCCUACCUUGGCGACGACUAUGGUGAUGCGCCAAAGUUGACAUACCCCUACGACCCGGGUGAAUGGCAGAUCUUCUGGGCGUCUUUGGUGAAUGGCCGCGUCGUCCUUCAGACCCACACCGGCGACUAUCUGACGGAGUCUUCGGGGGGCGUCACCUUCACCCCAGACUUAAGCGGCCCGGAUCAGGAGUGGGAGAUUGUCGUUGCGAGCGACACUCAAGUCUUCCUGGUCAGCAGCACAGGGAAGAGGCUCUCAGAUCCAGAUAACAGUGGCGCAGUAGAAUUGUCGGAGAGUGCCGGACCGAGUGAGAUGUGGACUCUGAUGAACGUGGGUUCCCGCCAGCCGUGCCACAGUAUUGGUCAGGGGAUUCCCUACACCAUCGUGCAGUCGGGCCCAAUAUCACCACUAGGCCAAACCGAGUCUCGAAAUGAGAUCGCCUUCGGAACAGACCUGUCCUCGGCUUCGCUUGCUUCGCCUCUUGUGAUCGCGAGCCUUACGACCAAGAACGGGGAGGACGGCGGCUGGCUUCGCUUCGGGAACUCUGCAAACAGCAGCUUUUUCGCGGAUCUCUUCGUUGAUGAGCCUAAAGACGCUGUCUCCGCGGUGAACAUCUCUCUGGUCUUGGCCUCUGGACCCCUUGCCGCAAGCUCUGCAGAGAGCAACGGCAGCGUGGGUUGGUUCGGGAUCGCAGCGAAUGCAAGCGACUUCGUAGACCCGAGUCUCGAGGUCUUGUUGGACGACGUUUUGCUGGAGUUUGACCUUGUCUGCAACGAGGCGACGAACUGCCUUGGAGCCGUGCGCUUUGGAUCCUCCAACCUGGAUGCGGCCUGUACGGUGGCCGAGAUCAACAGUCACUACACCCUGACAGUUGGCCAGUCACAGACCGUUCAAAUUGCCCUGACUGAGAACCCCAAGGUUUCGUGUGUUGGUAGCGUUCCCUGGGAUGCUCUCGAAGUCGUGGAGCUCAUCUCGGAAUCCUCAGGCAGCGUGGACUGGCAAGUUCAGAGCCUGUCAUUCCGGCUACAACGCCCAUCUUGUGCGGCCGGGACGGAGCACCCCAUUGCAGAGGAGAUCAGCCUGGCAGCCUUUGCGGAAUCAUUCAGUGUGGAGGUCGUGGAGGGUGCCGGGACGACGACAACAACGACCGGAAGCUCCAGCACGUCAAGCACAAGCACAAUGACAGCUUCGACCACCUCGAGCUCAAGAAGUACCACCAGUAGCAGUACUAGGACUCGUUCAAGCACGACGACGAGCACAUUCACAGACACAACGUCUAGCAGCUCCACCUCAAGCACCACCAGCAGUUCCAGGACUGUUUCGAGCUCGACGUCUGGCACAUCCACAGGCACAACGUCUAGCACCUCCACACUGAGCACCACCAGCAGUACCGGGACUGUUUCGAGCACGGCGACGAGCACAUUCACAGACACAACAUCUGGCACCUCCACACUGAGCACCACCAGCAGUACCGGGACUGUUUCGAGCACGACGGCGAGCACAUUCACAGACACAACAUCUGGCACCUCCACACUGAGCACCACCAGCAGCACCGGGACUGUUUCGAGCACGACGGCGAGCACAUUCACAGACACAACCUCAAGCACCGCCACCAACACAGAAACGAGUACUACCACCGGUAGCAGUACGAAAACUCGUUCGAGCACCGCAACGAGCACGCUCACGGACACAACGUCGAUCACUUCCACCACAAGCACCACCAGCAGUACCAGGACUCGUUCAAGCAUCGCGACGAGUACUAGCACAGAUACAACUUCGAGCACCUCCCGGUCAAGCACCACCACAAGCACCGGGACUAGCAGUGCAACAGGUAGCAGUACCCAGACUCGUACCAGCACGACAACGACGGGCACAAGGAUCACCACGGGCACGACGGGCACAACUUCGAGCACCAGUGCAGUUGCGGCUACACGAGAGGAGGCCAUUAUUGACGAGCUCAGGGAGAGCACCAGCUCUCUACUGCGCGAUUUGCCAGACUCGCCGGGGGCGACGGCCAACAUUACGUCCAGCCUCGGAACGAUCGUUGCUGUACAGUUGUCCAGCGGUUCCUCCACAAGCCCUGUGGCGGCCAUCGUCGAUGACAGUCCAGCAGCAGUGGUGCUCUCAAGCGAGGUCUUAGAGGCCUUGGGCGACUUGGGGGAGAAGGCGGUGCUGGUGCUGACCACCUUCGACGGCCCGGAAGCUGCGGAGCUGGGCUCGCCGGGGCAGAAGGCGCAGACCAUGGCCAGCCGGCCAAUCGAAGCGGCCACCCCGGCGGUGGACAUCUCCAUCGUGGACAAGGACAGCUUCAGCGCCCAGGAGGUGCAGGUCAGGACGCCGAUCUUCGUGCGCAUCGCAGAGGUGGCGCCCGAGCCCAACUGGAUCUGCGCCUACCUGGACGGCGACACCUGGUCCACGGAGGGCGUCCGUUUGGCGACGUCAGCGGAGCUCGAGACGGCCUUCGGAGGUCAGGCGGACACCUCCGGCGUCUGGUGCGCAACGCUGCACCUGUCCAUCUUCGGCGCCUUCGUCGACAUCCUCCUGGACUGCACGAACGCCAACAUGCUGUCCCAGGAGGGCCUCCGGGAGAUCGUGGAGCGACGGGGCUGGUGGAUGCGGCCGCCGGCUCUCGGCCUCUGGCUGCUGCUGGCCUCCUCGCUGCUGCUCGUCGCCCUGGGCCGGCUCAGCGACGCCCGGGUGCACCGCUCGGGCUUCUGGCGCGACGACUACUUCCUCACGGACCUGCCAACUCGACGAAUGCGCAGCAAAAUGCACCGUUCGAACACUCCAAGCCCCAAAGCGGCCAGCGGUGCUACGGCAGCGGCAUCUUAUCGUCAAAUGCUCAAGGGUAGCAAGGCGACAUUCGCCGGGAAGUUUCGAGAGAGGGUCCUUUCCCAGAACACACUCUGGGAAGCUUCUCUAAGCUGCAAACUUCUCAGCAGCUCUAUCGAGAAGCACAUCUGGGGCCAUGAUGGAUGGAUCCAGGGCAGCAUGGCUUUGGAGAAGUCCCCGCAGCUGAAGGAGCUCGCUAUUACACUGGACGAGGGUUUGCCACGCGCUUUCCUCAGUGUGCAUGCAUCUCGGCUUCGCCCGUUUUGGACGGCGCUCCUUUCAUCGCACCCUGUGUACGAGCUUUCCAUGUGCGAUCUGCACAUGACAGCCGUCAAGCGGGCUAAAAUCAUCAUGGACUGCCUCCUUGGAUCCCUGGCCUUCGUCGCCCUGUUUUUCUCCGUUGACGGGACGGCCGUGGCGGCCAGGAGCCCUGCGGAGUGUCCCAUCGAUCAGGGAAGCUUCCUCUGGUACACCUUCGUCGCUAUGUUCUCCGUUCUAUUGAACCUUGUGCCGCGCAGUCUGGAGGUUUCCUUGGCUCAGCGCAGCUUUGUGCAAGAGAGUCGCGCCUAUCGGCGCUGGCAGUUGUGGAGACGGAGUUUCAAGGAUGCGAGUUUUUGGGUGCUUAGUUUGGCCUUCUCGCUGCUUCAUCUCCUGGUCAUCCUGGCUUUCCUUGCCAAUUUGUCGGAAGGAGAUGAAAACAAGUGGAUGUUUACCUUCGGUGUGGUACUCCUCCGCAAGCUAGUUGUCGUCCCUCUUUUGGCCAGCUUGCUGUCGGGCCUCGGCACGACUUGCGCCAAUGGUCUAUGUUCCGCUUCGCAGCUGGUGCCACCGAGAAAGUUCAGGCUUGAUACAGGCUUCACGAGCGAUGGCCCCACCGGUGCAGCAGAUGUCUUGCCUGCGUCUAGCAACCAAGUUUGGACAGAGAAAGUGCAGGAGUUGGCCGGUCGCGGCAUAACCGUGCGUGCACUUCUCGAAUUCUACAUGGCGCUGGGGCAAGAAGUGAUGCAACACUUCGACCCCAACGAAUCGACCACACACGACAUUGUGCGGCAAGCGAUCAUCCCCAACUCCUUGCAGAUGAAAGAACCACGGUGUUUUGUUGUAGUUGUCAAGGAGGACACGCGCCGGGCUGCGCUCGACCUCUUCACCAACUCCGAGCCUUACUGUGUGGUAUCAGUUUCUUCGCCGUCCGAGCUUUCAGAUGAAAGUCAGCCAGAAGCCGCGAAGCGCGGUGGGUCUUUUCAGCAAAACUGGGAGGAACCUUUGCUUGUGCAGGAUAUGCUUAUCGAAGAUAAUUUGAUCGUUCACCUCUAUGACCGAACGCAAUCAUCGGCAGCCUUGAACAGCAUCGCUCUUCGUGCUACAGACAUCUGGCAUGGCUUUGAUGGCAUGCUUCCGCUCGACAGUGACAUCCCGUGGCUGAAGGUCUCCAUCUCGGCGCACGCCACCGCAGACGGGGCACAUGCAGCCAUGCAGCUCCAGCACGAGGUCAUGCAGGCGUGCAUCGCAAGAGAGCGUGAUUCGCGCACCUCGCUCUUACGAGACUCUUGCCACUCGGGCUUUAGCGACCUCGCCGAGGAGGUGGAGAUUCGCUCUUGCAGGAAUUCUGGGGACCUGUUUCGGGUUUCGAUGUGCUCACGAACGGCGAGCAUCGAGACCUCGAACGACACGAGUGAUGGGAUCUUCGGGUACUCCUACGCUACUACGGUCAACAACGGUCAGCCAUGCCUGCCCCAUAAGAUGGUCACGCACAGCUGGCGGAACCGCGCCUGCUACCUGCUUGCUGCGAUCUUCGCCGAUGCCCUGAACAAGGCGAAGUACGACGAAGUUGCGGAGCUCCUGAAGACUCGCCAGUUCGGCGUUCUAGUGGAUGCUCUGCAUCGUGCAAGGAAGCUUGACACAGCCUACUGGGUCUGUGCUUUCAGUGUGAACCAGCACACCGGAAUUUGCGCAACCCCUCCUCCUACAGACUCAACCGGGCAAGCGAUAGCCCCAUGCGGAUGCCGGACGCAGAAGCACUUCACCGGCGACCUGAGCGAAAUGAAUAAGUUUGACGACAUGAUGGCGUACUUGAAGCAAUGCCACAAGCAGAACGGACAGGAGCGGCUCGAGCAAGUGGUCGCCUUGGAGAAGGAUUUUGGCCUGCUUACUCGGGUAUGGUGCGUGGCGGAGCUUUCAGAGGCAUAUGAGCUGCACCUGGUGCAGGCCGUCAAGAUUCACUCGGAUGCUUCGCGGGACCAGUGUUUGCAACGACUGUUCGACUUGGAUGUCCGAGAUGCAGAGGCUUCAUAUGCGUCGGACAAGGACCUGGUGUUGAGCAAGAUUACGGACGUUGAGCUAUUCAACCGCAGCCUUCGGAAUCUUAUGCUACGCCGCCUCGAGAGCUUUCUGAAUGUUGGACAGGCGAGAACAUGCGCGAGCCUUCUCGACGAGGUUGUGCUUGCGGUGAUCAAUGUGGUUAUUUGA